UUUGCAUUAUUGCGCCUUCCUUCCGCCGGUCGGAAUUACAAUCUCAUCACCACCUUAAUAAUUGGUCUACCUUCAAACGACCUUACCCUCACCGUUUCAACCUCGCCGCCUCCCCCUCCUACCCCAGCCCACCAGUCCAAGAGUAAAAGCCUUCCGGACUCAGCUUACACCCGCUUGAACAGACCGGUAUACUCUGUUGAUCCUCUGUUGAUCCUCUGUCUCCGCCUCGCAGGGCUCUUCGACACCUGAUCUUCCCUUUCAGGAUUCGACUCUUCCUCCAUCCAUCCAUCCAUCCAUCCAUCAAUCAUCGUCGACAGGGAUCCUCUCCUACACCACGCGCUCCUUUCCGAGCAUCACCACCAUCACCACAUUAAAAAAAAAUUUUAUAUAUCCAAUCCUCCCCCCCACCAUUCACGGUACUUACCUAAGUCAUCACACACAUCACCUUCACCAUGACUUACUCACCAAACCUCGCCUCGGCAAACAAGGCUGCCCUCGACAGCUUCAUCCAACAGCCAGUCUCACAUGACAUGAUCGCAUACCUUGCACAGAAGGCAUCACAAGUCAUCCGCUGUGAAGCACCAACUUCCUCAUCGUCACAACACCUCAACAAGAACCUCCCUCCCACACCGCCUGCUUCUACACCUCAGCAUCCCGCCAGCUACCUCCAGGACCCUGCCCUCCCCUCCGUCGAAGCAUUCAUCACUUCCUUGGUCAAGAGGUCACAUGUCCAGGUCCCCACCCUCAUGAGCUCCCUCGUCUACCUCAGCAGGCUCCAAUCUCGACUUCCUCCCGUCGCCAAGGGCAUGCGUUGCACCGUCCACAGAAUCUUUUUGGCCUCUCUCAUCCUCGCUGCCAAGAACCUCAACGACUCCUCCCCCAAGAACAAGCACUGGGCCAGGUACAGUGCCGUCCAGGGCUACGAGAACUUCGGUUUCUCCAUCACCGAGGUCAACCUCAUGGAGAAGCAGCUCCUCUUCCUCUUGGACUGGGACCUUCGCAUCAACGAGAACGACCUCUACUUCCACCUCGAGCACUUCCUCUCCCCCAUCCGCGUCCGACAGGCCCGCCAGGCCGAGAAGCUGAGGAUCGCCCAGAGGGAGCAGGAGAUGCGCCAGCAGUACCAGCUCACCGCCGAGAACCUCCAGCGCUCCCGCAUGGAGACCUCUUCCAUCUCCUACGAUGCCCCCGCCCCCAGCUAUGCCUCCUAUGCCCGCCACCAAAGACUUGGCUCUCUCGCCAGCGCCUCUUCGACCGGCACCUCCAGGGCACCUUCGCUCUCCCCCGGACGCAGCUCCACCGUCUCCAGCAGGGCCGAGUCACCCAUCAGCUUCAUGGAGGAGCCCGAAGAGGCCGUCGCCCACCGCUUCGACGUCGACUCUGGCGCCACCAUCGUCCACAUCAGCGCUGCGGGUCACCACCCCAAGGUGGAGCACCCUCUCCCUCUCAGCUACGAGGAGAAGCCAGCAAAGAAGGUCAAGACCUCCACCGGCGGCUUCCUCAACAGGAUCGUCGGUGCCUACACCGGCAGGCCUACCGCCUACUAAGCCAUCCAUCCAUCUUCUUAUCUUUUUCUUUUGUUCAAUCCGAAUCUAUUGGUCGACAUGAUACCAGGGACGCCUUAGUCCUCGCACUAUUUAUUCCCGAGAGAGGCAUGGAUAAGUGAGAAUAUGAAACGAUGCGAUGCCUACUGGAUGGGAAACGUAAUCAUAUGUGCUGGAAUUGUUCUUUUUAGCAUCUUUUGUCAUUUUC